AAAGGUGAGGACUAGUGAUGCUAGUUAGCGGAUUUUACAAUGCGAAGUUAUUAAAUGAACGUUUGUGUGAAAUGGAAGAUCUUGCGUGAGGCUUGAAAAUAAACAAGUGGACCAUCUCGUUGCUAGCUAGCUAAACUAGCUAUGUCUUCUGACCCUCUCAAGAAACGCAAGACCAAAGUGAUCCGGAGUGAUGGCGGCACUCCUGAAACUAAACGCGUUCGGGGAGAAGGAGACCAGGAUGUGCGUACGUAUAAUGAAGAAGCGGAACUGGAGGGUCGAGACCCUGAACAGGAUUACACCCUGUAUAAAUACACCUGUGAGGCACUGGCUACACUAAUGGGUGAAAUCCAAGAACUGAAAGCCAAUGGAGCUAAAGAAGGCAGUGUAGAGGUCGAAGCAAAACGCAGGCAAGGAUGUGUUCACUUCAUCACUCUGAAGAAGCUGAAUCGUCUGUCACACAUGAGGCUGAAGAAAGCACGGGAUCAGACACACGAGGCGAAGCAGAAAGUGGACGUGUUGCACCUACAGCUGCAGAAUCUUCUCUAUGAAGUCAUGCAUCUUCAGAAAGAAAUCGGCAAAUGCCUCGAAUUCAAGUCUCAGCAUGAAGAGAUUGAGUUAGUCAGUGUGGAUGAGUUCUUUAAGGAGGCCCCAGCUGAAAUCUCCCGCCCUCAUCUCACCAAAGACGACCCUCACCAGCUCACGCUCGCUCGGCUGGACUGGGAACUGGAGCAGAGGAAGAGGUUGGCCGAGCAGUACAAGAGCUCGCUGUGCACUAAGGAAAAGAUCUUGAAAGGAAUUGAGUUGAAGAAGGAGUACCUGAGCAGUCUUCAGCCAGGACUGCACGCUAUCAUGCAGGCGUCUGUGCCUGUUCAGGAGUACUUGUCCAUGCCAUUUGAGCGUGUGCAGAAACAGGCUGAGGUCGCGCGGCACCUUCCUCCUCCUCUGUACGUGCUGCUUGUGCAGGCCAGUGCUUAUGGACAAGCUUGUGACAAGAAUCUGUCUAUGUCUAUCAGUGGAGAUGUGGAUGAAGCCAAAGCUCUUUCCAGACCACCCGAGGAUUCUCAAGAUGAUGAGAGUGAUUCUGAUGCAGAGGAGGAACAACAAAACACUAAACGACGGAGAGGUACUGUCGGCGGUCAGCUUGAGGACAAGCGUAAAGAAAUGCUGAAACCGCAUCCUCUCUCGUUGUGCAUCGACCUCAAGUGUAAAGAUGGCAGUGUGUUGCAUCUGUUUUUUUAUUACCUGAUGAACCUCAACAUUCUCACUGUGAAAGCAAAAGUUUCGGCCUCUGCAGACCUCUCAGGAGCCAUCAGCGCAGGGGAGCUGCUGAACCCAAAAUCUCUGUUGAACUGCCUGUACGCUUCUGAUGAUGGCCAAGAAACCCCCAACCCUACCAACCGCUACCAGUUUGACAAAGUGGGCAUCACAACUUUUUCUGAUUAUGUGGCUGACUUUGGACAUCCAUACAUCUGGGUACAGAAUCUUGGAGGAUUACAAUUCUCCAGUGAUAAACCGCAGGUGGAAGGGGCACGCAGUUCUCUCAGUGCCAGUCAUAUGGAGCGCACCAUGAAGCUGCUGAGAGGACGCCUGCUGUCUCGCCUGGCCUUGCACAAACAGUUCAGCUCUCUAGAGCACAGCAUAGUUCCUGUCUCCACUGAGUGCCAGCAUCUCUUCCCGGCUAAAGUGGUCUCUCGCCUGUCUCGCUGGACUAUGAUGAGCCACCAAGAUUUCCUGGAGUUAGGCUUUGUGCAGCAUGUGGUGCAGGCUGGCCUGGUGCGGGAGACUGACCUGUUCUUCAUGGCAAUAGUGGAGAGGGGAACGGCUCGUCUUCAGGCUGCGGUGGUGUUGAAUCCUCGCUAUCCAGAGAUCGCCCCUCUCUUCUCACUCUCACUGCUCUGGAAAGGAGAGCGCAGUGGACGCACAGAUGAUAACCUGCGGGCGAUGGAGAGCGAGGUGAAUGUGUUUAGAUCUGAACUCCAGGGACCCCGACCAGGCCUGCAGCUACUGACCAACCAGAUCCAGCGUCUAUGUGUGUGUCUGGAUGUUUAUCUGGAGACUGAAAGCCAAGUGUGUGACGGCUCAGAGGGUCCGAGAGAAUUCCCAAGGGAGAAGAUGUGCUUACGCUCUGCCAGGGGACCUAAUCGUCUGAAGCCUUUUAAGUACAACCACCCUCAGGGCUUUUUCAGUCAUCGUUAAAUCUUUCCCCUUCUCUACAUUUUACCUUCUUUUUUACAGCUUGAAUAAUUUUUCAAGUGUUUGAUUCUAUAUUGUACUGUUUCACUGUUUAGAAUAAGAAAUAAAACACUUUGUGAUA